AUGAGGCAAUACUACAGUAAUGCCGUAGUAACUUUAAUUGGCAUUCAAGCCAAAGCAAAAGUAGAUGAAGAAGAACUAGACUUACUAGACAUAUUAAAACGAAUUACUUGGAAGGAUGAAAAAGGAUACAAAUCAACGGAUAGAGUUUCACUUAGAUUACACGAAGCCUUGCGAGAGAUUAAAAAUCGUGGCCGAGGUAACCCAGUCGAUGGCAUUUAUUCAAUAUUAGGACUGUUACCUUAUGGAGAGAAAGUAGCAGUAAAAUACAAAAAAAGAAAUUGUGACCAGUGUGGAGAAGAAGAAAAAGAUAACUGUUCUACCGGUAUUGAGGGAGGCAUAAAGGUUGACUACAUAUCUCAAAAAGAUGAAGAAGUUAUUCAACCAGAUGGUAGCCUGAAAAUAACUGGUUCAGAAUACGUUAUCACCAAAAACGGUGAAGAAAAAGAAAUUGAGUUAUCAGGAACUAAACAAAUUCUUAGUUUAAUGAACAAGUUAGUUAAGGAGGGCAAAAAUAAUAUUUGCCUGCUGAUGCCAAACAAAUAUCAGUGGCGAAGCAAUAAACCCUUUGCUGUUUUGGUAGAGAUAGAAGGUAAUAAAUAUUAUGGAUUAGGACUAGUAGAAAUUAGUGAAGGUUCAGAUAAAUUGCAAGGUGUUGAAGAAAGAAAAAUAGUAAUCAGUGCAAACCAAGGAUCAGAAACAAAUGUUCAAGUAGAAAUAAAAAGAGAGGGCAAUGAUCAUAUUUCUAAAGAACAAAAUUCAGCAAUAUUUGAACAAUUGGUUAGGUUAAGAUUAGUUUAA